CUUGUAAAGUCCCUACUCACUUACCAAUACAAACACACCUCAUACUAGCACUGCAUAUUUUUUCCCUCCAGUUUUUAGGUCAUCUUCAGGAAAGCGACCUAAUGCAUGUCUUUAUCGUGGGCGGAACGCAAGGUUGAGGAGGGUUUGGCGCUCGACAGAGUCUUGCAUGGACAAAACGUUGUCGGGAAAACGUCGACUACGAUCAAAAUCGAUUCUCUGCGUUUCUCUGACAAGGAUCUCGCUGUACUCGGUGCUUUAGACCACGGACAAUUUGGAGUCAUCGACGUGGUGAACUGCACUUUGGAUGGGCGUGUAUACGUACGGAAGUCUAUCGAAAAAACAUUUGCUUUGCGAGCUCGCGAGCAAUGCUCGCCUCAGAUAGAGCGUGACAUUCUACUUCUAUCCAAACGUCAAGACUCGCUAUGGGUACCUCAUCUAUUGUGUGCAUAUCAAACGCCUUCCCACCUCUGCCUCGUCAUGGAUUACGCUGAGGGAGGUACUUUAUGGGACGUGUUGGAGUCAAGUCCACUGAAUGGAAGAAUAUCUGAAUCUGACAUUUUAUGGUGGGUGCCACAGGCAGUCCAUGCGAUUCACUGGUGCCAUUCUCAAGGAUUCGCCCAUCGCGAUAUCAAACCACAUAAUUUCGUCCUAACAUCCAACUAUCGGUUAUUACUUAUAGAUUUUGGUUCCGCGGCACCACUUCAACCCCGCGAAGCAGACGGCAGUCAAUUGAUUCCUCAGCAGUACUGUCUAGUUCCUUGUGGAACAUGCGAUUAUAUAUCACCUGAAAUACUUCAAGCCCAUGAAGAUGCCCUGGUGGCACUCGAGCUUUCAGACCAGAGUUCUAUUACUACUCCACGCGCUCAGCAUAGCAUAUGUGGUUUGGAAACAGAUUGGUGGAGUUUGGGGGUGAUGAUCUAUGAGCUUGCAUUCGGAAUUACACCCUUCUUUGCUAAAGAUAUCAGGACGACGUAUCUUCGGAUAAUGGAUCACGAAACGAGUCUGAGAUUUGAUAAAUCGUUAGCAGUUUCUGAAAGUUGUCGAGAUUUAUUGCGGAGGCUGCUGACAAAUAGAGAGGGCCGUCUUGGCCGAUGCAGCGUUAUGGAGAUUAUGGAGCACCCUUUUUUUGGGAACGUUGACUGGUCACUGGUCGGUAAAGAAAUGCUGCCGGCUGGCAUACAUGUUCCGCAAUUCGUUUACUCGAUGCCAUCAACUGGAUUACGAGGACCGGUGUCGGAGUUACCUGAAGAUACUCAAUCACAUGCCUUCGCAUUCUCCGCACUUUUCCAAUCUUCUUCUGAAUAUUCUUCAUCUGGGGUAUCCGCACUGCGCUCUGUUUCCAGAACUAGAAGUAUAUCCAGUUCUCUCCAGACGGAGGCGGCUUUCAUCGGAUUUUCUUGGGGCCCUUCAAAGUAUGCUUUCCUGUUAACUGCUGGUCCGGUCAGGGGAGGUUUGCCAGAUACUCCAAUGACUCCCCGACCCUUGGGACCCGUUCAGUCCAGGUUGUCUUCCGGCGGGUUCGAGAGGGUGCCAUCGACGCUCCUGAAUGCAUUUGCGACGCCAAUACGCUCAUACAACCUAUCUGCCUACCACACACUCCCGCGCCCUAGCACCAUUCGUUGUACAGCAGCCCGCCGUGCUGUUUCUGACCGAGAGGCCAUGCAACAGCUAGUCGAUUGUAUUGGUAUGAGUGCGCGGAAAAAGGUCCUGGCGAGCGGCCGUAAGCCAAGGAUACUAGACUCGCUUAGCAGGAACAGUGCAAGCACGAUUAGGAAAGAGUUGCGGUUUGGUCCACCUCCAGUUGUGUCUACCAAGUCCCUUGAUUCUACGGACUUUCCCCCUGUCAAUGCUUCGUUGGACUUGCAGGGCUUGGAAUCGGGGUCGGAGGGACCGCCAAGUCCCAGCCCAAGCCCACGGCCCGGUUCUGCCAUGUCUACGUUGAGCCGCCGGAGUGUCACACCAACGACCACGGUCUCUUACUCUGCCCGCCUUCUGAACAUACCGUCUGCAUCGCAGUCUGCCAUUUCCCAAGAACCUUCAAGUCUGUAUUCAGACGUUAAAUGGAGGGAAGAUCCGAUCUCGUUGCUCCAGGAAAGGCACGCCGUCCUCGUGUCCCGGUUGGGGGAAAUUCAGCUACGCUUGGAUGAUCUUAGAGCGACGAUAGAGCGGUAAGGCUGUAUGUUGCUCUAGGAAAAUAUUAGCUGACCUUUCGUCACGCGUUUGUGGGACCCAUAUGUCAGCUACGGUUAGGUACAUACACUC